UUUCUGUUCCUUAUUUCUGUUUGCUGCUUUGGCCCUUUGUCUCUCUGUUUUCCAAGACUUUGAAGUGAUUGAAUUCUCUCUGGUUUUAAUACUGUCAGCAUUCGUAGCCAUGAACUUUCCUCUGCGUUUACUGUUUCUCUUUUAGGGACCAGCGACUCCCACAGGUCUCGGAGCCAUCGAGCUAAAGCCAGUCCUGCUUUUACUGUUUCUUUUAUGUGCAUUGGUGUUUUGCAUGCAUGUGUGUCUGUGUGAGGGUGUUGGAUCCUGGAACAGGAGUUACAGACAGUUGUGAGCUCCCAUGUGCGUGUUAGGAAUUGAACCCUGGGCCACCAGAAGGCCAGCCAGUGCUCUGAAGCACUGAACCGUCACUCCAGCCUUUCAUUUUCACUUGAUUGUAAAUUUGUGGGGUUUUUUUGUUGUUGUUGUUUCUUGAGACAGGGUUUCUCUGUGUAGCCAUGGCUGUCUAGGACUUGCUUUGUAGACCAGGCUGGCCUGUAACUCACAGAGAUCCACCUGUCUCUCCCCAAGGACUGGGAUUACAGAUGUGUACCACCGUGCCCAGCUGAUUGUAAUUUUUUAAAAUUAUUUAAAGUGUUUAAAUUUCUUCAAGUUCAUCAGUGAUCUAGUAAUUAAAAGAGUAUACUGCUCAGUCACAAUUUAUGAUUUCUAUUCUUUUAUUAUGAUCUGAUCAAAUACAAGAAAUUUUUUUGUAUGUUUUCGUAUUCUUCCAAUCUUUCUGAAAAAUAAUCUGUUCGUUAUACUCGCUCAUAUAUGUAUACACAAGCACGCACACAAGAAAAUUAAAGAAGCUAAUUGUUGUUUACUACCUUACCUUCGGAUCCCACCCAAGUCUUUCCUAAGAUUUGUUGAUGUAUAUGAGUGUUUUGCCUGUGUGUAUGUCUGUGUACCACAUGCAUGUCUGGUGCCUAUGGAGGUCAAAAGGGGACAUUGGGUUACCUGGAACUGGAGUUGGAGGUGGUUGUGAGCUACCAUGUGGGCGUUAGGAACUAAACUUGGGGUCUUUGCAAGGAUAGUGUCCUUACUAUUGAGCCCUCUAGCAGAUCUUAACGCACGUUAAGAACUGUAUUAUUUGUAUUUUCUAGAAAUGAGACCUCACUAUGCAGACUUGGCUGACCCGGAGCUCAUGUAGACAGUGGCUAGACAUGGACUCAGAAAGCCACCUGCUUCUGCCUCUUAGUAAAAUGAAUGAAAAUAAACCAGAUAAUUCAAAAAAUCUUGCUUGUAUUUUCUGUCGAAGAAAUGAUGACUGUCCCAACAAAUAUGGAGAAAAGAAAACUUAUGAGAAAUGGAAUUUCAGUGUGCAUUACUACUGUUUGUUAAUGUCAAGUGGAAUUUGGCAGAGAGGUAAAGAAGAAGAAGGAGUUUAUGGCUUCCUGAUAGAAGACAUCAGGAAAGAAGUCACUAGAGCCUCCAAACUGAAGUGUGCAGUUUGCAAGAAAAACGGAGCUUCAAUUGGGUGUGUUGUGCCCCAGUGUAAACGAAGCUAUCACUUGCCCUGUGGACUUCAGAAGGAAUGUAUUUUCCAGUUUACUGGCAAUUUUGCGUCAUUUUGCUGGAAACAUCGACCAGUUCAAGCAAUUACAUCUAAUAAAUAUAGAGACUCCUUACCAUGUACUAUCUGUUUGGAAUUUAUCGAGCCUGUUCCAAGUUACAACAUAUUGCAAAGUCCGUGUUGUAAGAAUGCAUGGUUUCAUAGAGACUGCUUACAGGUUCAAGCAAUAAAUGCAGGAGUGUUUUUCUUUAGGUGUACACUAUGCAAUAACACUGACAUCUUUCAGAAGGAGAUGUUGAGAAUGGGAAUUCAUAUUCCUGAAAAAGAUGCAUCCUGGGAAUUAGAAGAAAAUGCAUAUCAAGAGCUGUUGCAGAGCCAUGACCGCUGUGAUGUUCGAAGAUGUCAUUGCAAAAAAGGGCGGGACUACAAUGAACCUAAUAGCAAAUGGGAAGUAAAGCGUUGUCAGUGCUGUGGUUCUAGCGGAACACACUUAGCCUGUUCCUCACUACAGUCGUGGGAACAAAAUUGGGAGUGUUUGGACUGUAGAAGAAUUACCUACAAUUCAGAUUUCCAAAAGGCCCCCAAACACCCAUUAGCCAACUCUACUAAUGUGACAGUUACUGACUGCUUGUUGGAAGAGUCGUCACCUAAGCUCCCCAGACACUCAACUGUAGUCCAGCAUAAGGAACGGCUGAGGCAAGGCAGCAAAUUUAGGAGAGACAUUUCAACAAUAUUGAUAGAGUUAGGAGUCCAAAUUAAAAAGAAAGCUAAGAAAUUACACAUCAGCAAAGCCAAUGUUUGGAGGAGUGCCUUAGAGCAAUUCCAGAGUCAGAAGUUUAACCCUUCAUACACCAUUGAAGUAGUGUAUGUUGAUGAAAAUGAUGAGUUUGGAAGAGAGCACCCUGGAUCAAAGCAGGAAUUUCUGAGUCACUUAAUGCACCAUCUUGAGAAUUCAUCAUUGUUUGAAGGGUCCUUGGCAAAGAACUUGUCUCUAAAUUUGCAAGCUCUGCAAGAGAAUCUCUACUAUGAAGCUGGCAAAAUGCUUGCCAUUUCUUUAGUUCAUGGUGGCCCUUCACCUGGCUUCUUCUCUGAAACUUUAUUUAGCUGCCUCGCUUACGGGCCAGAGAACACUCUACCAAUUGUGGAGGAUGUUUCAGACCUUGAUGUGGCACAAGUCAUAAUGAAGAUAAAUAAUGCAGCCAAUAUGGACAAUUUAAAUUCAGUUAUAAAUGAAUGCUAUAACUACCUAGACUUUAGUAGAUGUUUAAGACUUAUGUCAACAUUAAGUGAUAAAUACAUGUUGGUAAAAGACAUCCUUUACUACCAUGUAAUUAAGAGAGUUGAAGCACCCUUUGAGAGUUUUAAACAGGGUCUGAAAACACUUGGUGUUUUAGAGAAAAUUCAAACUUACCCAGAAGCAUUUUAUAACAUCCUCUGUUGUAAACCUGAGAAACUCUCUGCAAAAAACCUUUGUGACCUCUUCGUAAUACGUGCGUUAUCAGAUGUUCAAACUUUGAGGUUUUGGAACAGUUACUUAGAGGCUAUAGAAGAUGGUAAAUCUACAACAACAGUGGAAGACAUUCUUAUUUUUGCAACCGGUUGUAGUUCUGUUCCACCUGCUGGGUUUAAACCCGCUCCUUCAAUUGAAUGUCUACAUAUGGAUUUUCCUGUUGCAAACAGAUGUGGAAAUUGUCUAGCUCUACCAAUCACCAAAACAUAUAAAGAGUUUCAAGAAAAUAUGGAUUUUGCCAUAAGAGAUGCUCUAAGGCUAGAAAAAGAAGAAAGGUCUCACUAUCGGACAAUAAAUGUUUCUUCUAACGAAGAAGUGCAUCUUUAAAAGUCUGCUAUUGAAACCUUUCUACUAUUCAUCAAUUGAUAACUAUUUGUAUGAAUCAUUGUUUUUGAACAUCCUAGCCAGCUUCUUGGCUCAUCAGAAUCUAUUGCUCUCUUAUAAAGGGAUGGUUUGCUUCCCGAGCCACUAAAGUUUGGGUCAAGGCAUUCUAGUCAUAUAUGGUGAUAGCUUUCUAUAACUGUGCUUUCUUAAUUCAUAUCUUCAAUAUGAAUAUUUUUUGAAUGGUUGUACAAACUGUUCAGCUGUACAGGUGCUCAGCUAUAUUAGCAUGAUAUGUGAAAAAAUGUUUCCUUGAUUUUUAUAAAUUAGAAUCACCUGUAGGAUGACACCCUUUUUCUAGUUUUGUGCAGUUUUUUGGUGUUUGUUUGUUUUCUUUGUUUGUUUUGUUUGUUUGUUUUUGCCUCUACAUACUCCUGGUUGUCUUAGAACUGACUAUGUAGAUGGCUGUCAUAAUUCUUUAUUUUAAAGCAUUAAAUAGAAAUGUUGGUUAAGUCAUCUUAUAAAUCAAAAAUAUGGAUAUGCAUUUUUCAUUGUUUUUAUAAUUAAGUGACCAAUAUAAUAAUUAAAUAAUGACUAAUUGGAAACACUGUAAAGCAGAGCUUUACAAAUGACUAGCUCUGGGAUCCAUGGGCUCUCCAUCGGCUGAAAGGCACCCUGAGCUUUCAGGAGUGCUUGAAGGUCCCUUAAAGGGCAUAUUGUGUAAAGGCCAUGCAUUUAGCAUGUGUCAUCCAGGUGUCCGAAUAACCUCUGUGGGUUACCAAAUGGUUUGGCUGCAGAACAGCUAUUUAUUAUCAAGAUCAUUGUAUGAUUUGUAAGAUCUCACCAUAGCAUCCUUAUAGUUACCUUCUUUGCUUUCAAAAGAUACUUUGUAUAAUCAAUAAAUAGAUAAUAAUUUAAAACUACAACUUAAAAAAAUACUCUAAUUUUGCCACUUAGAGAUAAAUAAUGUAUUUUGUAUAUUCAUUAUAAACUAUUUAUUUUUCACUGUUCAUUGCCUGUGCCAAGGUCUUUCUAUAGAACCCUUCUGUUCUAAAUUUGUAGUCCUCAUGCUGUAGUCACUUAGGUGCUGAGGUUAAGGUAUAUAACCGUGUGCCCAGCAAUGUUUAUUAUCAUUUUUAAAAAAAUUUUUCUUCGCAAUUUAUUCAUUAUAUAACCCAAUUGAAGCCCCCUUCCUUAACUCCCACUCUUCUUCCACCUUCCCCCCCAUCCCUUUCCCCUAGUCCACUGAAAGGGAGAGUUCUCUGCUAUUUGCCGUCUGCUCAUAGCUUAUCCAGUCUCAUCAGGACUGCUUGGAUCCUCUUCCUCUGUGGCCUGGCAAGGCUGCAUCAUCAGGAGCAAGUGGUCAGAGAGCAGUCAGCUGAGCUCAUGAUAGAGGCAGCCCCUGCUCCCUUCACUCAGAGAUCCACAUGGACACUGAGCUGCCAGUUGGCCACAUUUGAGCAGGGAGUUUAGGUCCUCUCCAUGUGUGGUCCCCCAGUGGUACAUCAGUCCAUGCUCUGGUAAAUAACUCCCUUCCCAUGAAUGUGCAAGCAACUCUAAUGAAGCUCAGUGGUCCGAAAUUUUAAAAAAUACAGAGCCAGAGAAGACCUAAUUGGUGAUUAGAAGGACACGGGGGAAGAGGGGGAGAAGACAGUUGAAUGAGGGGAGAAUAUGAUGGCAGUACAUUGCAGAUGUGUGUGUGUAUGUAUCAAAUGGUCAAAGACUUUUUAAAGUUGAGAUAAAUGAAAAACACCCUCCCAUUGACUGACAUUAAGCAUCUUGCCUCUGGACACAAUGAGCUUUUCUAGAGUUUUCCAUGAAAAACUCAUUCUUCUAGAGUUUUCUAGAAGACCGACAUUCUAUAAACCCUUAAAACUGUGUGUCCAGAAAUAGCUAUGUGGAGUAAUCCUGGAGGCAAGAGCUUGUGGAAGAAACAAGACCAAGUGAGAGCUCCAAGGCAGAGAAAGAAAGAAAAGAAUCCAAAGAUAAAGUCUUGAGAAAGCCCACUGUGUAGCAAGUGCAAACAGCUGGAGAGUAGGCCAGGAACCAGGGGUGUAAGAACUGAACAAGAUCAGCUUGUGUCAGCAAUCUCGAUGCCGUGAGCUCUUUGGCAUCUCCUGUGGAAACUACUCCAGUCAAAUAAAAUUCCAUCCCUCUAGGUAGAAGAGAAUACCCUUGAUGUUUGCACGUCCCUCUAUCCCACUCCCAAUUUCUUCCAUAAGACUCUGCGCUCUGCCCAAAGUUUGGCUGUGAGUCUCAGCAUCUGCUUUGAUCCCCGCUUGAGUGGAUCCUUUCAGAGGACUCUCUGUAGUAGGCUCUCAUACUGUUUCCUCUCUUCCACCGCUUCUGGUGUCCAUCCUGUUUGCCAUUCUGAAUGAAAUUUAAGCGUCCUCCCUAGGGUCCUCCUUAAUGUUUAGCUUAGUGUUUAGGUCUGUAGAUGGCUAUUCUAUAUUAUAUGGCUUAUAUCCGCUUAUAACUGAGUAUAUAUCAUGCCUGUCUUUCUGUUUCAGUGUUACCUCAGGAUGAUCUCUUCUAGUUCCAUCCAUUUGCCUACAAAUUUCAUGAUUUCCUUGUUUUUAAUAGUGGAGUAGUAUUCCAUUGUGUGGAUGUAGCACAAUUUCUGUAUGUACUCCUCCGUUGAGGGACAUCUAGGUUUCUAGAUUCUGGCUAUUACAAAUGAAGCUGCUAUGAAUACAGUUGAGCAAAUAUCCUUAUUGAAUGGUGGGGCAUCUUUUGGGUAUAUACUCAGGAGUGGUAUAGCUGGAACUUGAGUUAGUGCUAUUCCCAAUUUUCUGAGAAAGUGCCAGAUUGAUUUCCAAAGUAGUUGUACAAGGUUGCACUCACACCAGCAAUGGAGGAUGGUUCCCCUUUCUCCACAUUGUCUCCAGCAUGUGUUGUCACUUGAGUUUUUGAUCGUAGUCAUUCUCAUAGGUAUAAGAUGGAAUCUCAGAGUUGUUUUGAUUUGCAUUUCCCUGAUUACUAAGGAUAUUGAGCACUUCUUUGUUUCUCUUCCAUUCUAUAUUCCUCUGUUGAGAAUUCUCUGCUUAGCUCUGUACCCCAUUUUUUAAUUGGAUUAUUUGGUUUAUUGGUGUUUAAUUUCUUGUUCUUUAUAUAUUCUGGAUAUUAGCCCUCUGCCAGAUGUAGGGUUGGUGAAGAUCUUGUCCCAGUUUGUAGGCUGUUCUUUUCUUCUGAUAGACCCUUUGCUUUUCAUUUUCACAGGGUCUCUUUUAUUAAUUGUAGAUCUUAAGAGACUGAGCUGUAGGUGUUCUGUUCAGGAAGUUGUUUCCUGUGCCAAUGAGUUUGAGGCUCUUCCCCACUUUUUCUUCUAACAGGUUUAGUGAGUCUGGUUUUAUGUUGAAGUGUUUGAUCCACUUGCACUUUAAUUUUGUGCAGGGUGAUAGAUAUGGAUCUGUUUGCAUUUUUCUGUAUGUGAACAUCCAGUUAUACCAGCGCCAUUUGUUGAAGAUGCUAUCUUUUUUCCAUUGUGUGGUUUUGGCAUCUUUGUCAAAAAUCAGGUGUUCAUAGGGGUGUGGGUUUAUUUCUGGGUCUUCUAUUUCAUUCCAUUGAUCCACCAGCAGCAUUUAUUUUUUAACUAUAUGAGUAACAGGAAAUCAUGUAAUAAAGUCAUUUCAAGAUAAAUACAGUCUCAUCAAGGCAUCUGUAAUCCAAGCACUCUGCAGGAUCAGGAGUGACAGAGCAAGUUUCAAACUUUUCUGGAGUACAUAUGAUCUGUUUCCAUAGUUUGAUAAAUAAGUAAAGAAACCAUGCAUAGUAAUAUCUUCAUAUUUGUAGCCUUAAAAGUCUAAUGCUGUCAUCUAUCAGUGAAUAUAUGUAAGACAAAGCCCAAUUUUCAAUUUAAAAAGUCAGGGGGAGUUAAAAAAGCCAACCAACAUUUUUCUUCAUGUACAAAGCAGGAUUGGGUUUCAUAGUAGUACACUUCUUAAUGCCAAAGGAAAGCUCAGUUGCAAUCAGUGUCUUUUUUUUUCUUGUUUCCACAGACCCUUUCAUGUUGUACUUAACAGAACUAAUACAGUUCUUUACCUUGAGCAUUUAACAUGAAAGCAUUACUUUAUCAUGUAUUACAUUGUGCUAGGUUUUUUCCCUAAAGAGUUGAAAUGAUCCAUUAUGAACAGUUUAAACCUCAAACUCAUCAGAUAGCUUUUAUUCAGUUGUUUUGCUAGAUUGCAUCUUUAUGUCUUAAUGUAUUUGGUUCUUAGAGUGUUAGUCUGUUAUAUCCACACAGCUUUAAAGUGCUAUUUUCCAGCUUGUAGUUUGAAGUAGAAUUUUUCUAGGGUAGUAAUAAGAGCUAACACAGCCCUCAUACAAUGUUAGGCUGGGAUUGUGGAGCCUUCGGCAGGCUACAGGAAAGGUAUCAUUUUGCCUUUACUGAACUUUCUGACAUGUAAACAUGGCCUUAGCAGAGAGAUCGGGUAAAUAAUAAUUGCAUAAUUACUUCUUCAAGUGAAACAAUCAUAUUUUAAAAUGUUUCUGGUUUGAAGGUUUCGUUAGCAUGGUCUCGAGUUUAAUCUUUACACUGAUCUUUUAAUCUUUCCCUGAUACUUAUCAGGGAAACUACAGUGUCACUGUUUCCUUCUUCUUGUGAUUGUUUCUAUCCUGUUCUAUAGCGUACUUCUUAACAUUAACUUAAAGAAAUGUUUGGUUAAGUCAAAAGCCUCCACUAGUGUGGUCUCUGUUGUCUGAGACCAUAAUUAUGUUGGAAGAUUUGGAAAUUUUUCAUCCAAUGUUAAGACACCUUAAAGACACACCUGUAAAGGGGUGUGUACGGUAAGUUUUUCCCAGUGACAUUGCUUUAACAUUCAGUUAUAAGCAAAGAGUACGAUGUAGACUGUUGAUAGGCAUGGUUACUUUUUCAAAGUUGCUAUGAUUCACGUAGUGCAAUGUAAAGCACAAGAGCAGUGAUGAAUGACUUGAAUUUGUUUUAUCUGUAAUUUGGGAAAUUUUGCAGCUCUUGAAAGAGACCCAGUUUUAAAAUUCCGAUGUCCGCUUUCAAAUUUUAGAAUCUGCUCUAAACCGACUGUGCACCAGACAUUGUACUGAGAAAUAGUUUAUAAGUCACUCUGUUUAAAAUAAACAGGACACACAAUGCUGGCGCUGUUGCCCAGUGGUGGAGUGGCUCCCUCUCAGCAUGUGUAAGGCCUUGCAUUUAAUUUACACUAUCACCAAAAAUUUGAAUUAAAAAAUAUAAAAUCGUACAAUGAAGUUUCUAAGCAAAUGUUUGUCACUAAAUGUGAAGUGCUCAUAUAAACUAAAUUAGAUAACUUGUUGGGACUGAUCUUCCUUAGGGUUGCUAUUGCUGUGAUGAAACAUUGUGACCAACAGCACCUGGAGGAGGAAAGGGUUUAUUUUGCUCACACUUCCAUGUCACUUCCUCAUUGAAGGAGGUCAAGGCAGGAACCGAGAGGGAGGCAUUGAUAUAAAAGCUAUGAAUGAUUGCUACUUAAUAUCUUGCUCUGCGUGGCCUGCCUAUUUGAUUUCUUAGAGAUCCUAAAACCUCCAGUCCAGUCCAGAGCUGGCACCACACACAAUGGGCAAGGUUCUUCUCCAUCAAUCCCUAAUUAAGGAAAUGCUCUUCAGACUUGCCCCCUUCCUGAUUUCUACUGAGGCCCUUUCUCAAUUGAGGUUUUCUCCCCUUUGAUGUCUUUGCCUGUGCUAAGGAUCCAAUAAGGAUAUGAUUCUCUUUUAAUGCAGGCAUAUUUCUUAUUUUUCCUUUUUAUUAGCAUAUAAUUGUAUGAAGCAAUAGCUCUCUCGUGACAUUUAUGUAUAUAUGCAUGUAUGUGAUGAACUUGGAUCAUAUUCUCUCUCCUUAUUAACUUAUACUUACCUCCUCUCCCCAUUCCCACUAGUGUCUUAAAUCAAUAGUCCACUGACAAGGUUAAUAAUGUUAAAGUUGUUAAGAUCAAAGAUCUUUACUCUUCAAACUUGAGAGAUCUUGGAAUUCCUCAAGAAAUGAGUUGUCCUGGGCUGUUAUUCUAUGACGAAACUAAUGUGGUUCAAUUAUUUAAUCCAAAAAAAAUCCAGUCAGAUAAACAACUACACUCUUCAGCCAUGAUUCUUAUUUUGAUUAUAAUAAUACAAUAUAAAUAUCUUUCUUGGUCCUUGCGUUGCAAGGAUUAUUUUAUAUGGGUACUCUUCUCCUGUAGGAUAUGUUUUUCUUAUUUCCCACACUGCACACUAUUUGACAGAAAUACACACACACAUUCACUCUGUAUAAAUGUUAACCUUGUCUUAGUAUUUUGUGGUAAUGUGCCUUAUAAUAGUCUUUGAAGAAAUGUGUGAUGGAACUGAAAUGGUUCAUGCCAAAUUUGUACUUAAAGUGGGACUGCUCAGGUGAAUAAAUUGACUUCUCAUUUUGGAAGGUGGAAAAGCCAUAUACUUUAUAGUCCAUGAGCACCAGAAUGCAGAAUACUUCUCUUAAGGCAGAAGCUCUUCAUCACGGCACACCCAGGUCAUUGAAGAUUGUUAAAAUAUAAUAGCAGUGAGGAAAACCUUCAUUCUGAUUUCUUAAUGCAUGUGCCAGCUAUAAAAUAAAAGACGAUGUAAUUUUUAAGGAGUCCGGUUCUAGGCCUAAGGUAUUUUUUGGUGGUUUUUAAAAUAAGAUAGCCUGUUGUAACUAUAAAAAUAAGACUUUAUUUGUCAGUGUCUUUACUGUAAAAAAUGCGAUCUUAAUUUCAAAAAAUUAACCAUUUUAUGCAAUUUUGAAAGCCAAGGUUCAGUAUGAUUUCAUCUCAGAUUCUAAUUGCUUCAGAAUUAUCCGCUAAUGCAAUGUCUUCGUUGUAUUCGUUGAACUGGUAAUAAGUUGUCAUUGUAUAUCUAUUCUGACCUUAAUAAAAGAUUAUGUAAGUGGUCAA